AUGAUUCAGUUGUUGGUCGUACUGCUUCUUCUUCAUCAAGGAUAUACCUUGGUACCAGUGACCACAGUUCCUCUAGGUGACCCAGCAACUUUUACAUGUUCGCUUCCUGCUGAAAAGAUGAGCAAUAAUGAGCUUCACUGGUACAAACAGAAUGCAGGCCAGACGCUGGGAUUAAUUGUAAAGCUGCGAAAACAUGCAGGACCUGCUUACGGGCCAGAUUUUUCUUCCUCAAGAGUGCAUGCAUCAAGAAAUGAAGACAUCAGCAGUCUGACAAUUCUAAGCACAGUUCAAGAAGAUGAAGGAAUGUAUCACUGCGCGAUUAUUGACUGGACCGAGAAUUACUGGCAUGGGACCUAUUUGCUAUUAACAGAGCAAACAAAAGACCCAAAAAAUAAUGCGCUGGUGAUAACAAUGACAUGUUUUGUCAUUUCGGUCAUUGUAAAUGUUAUUUUGAUCUGCUACCGAACCCCAAAGGCAGCAUGCAAACAAGUUAAAGGGACAGGAAGCACCUCUUUACCAGCCACACAUGAUAACAUGACUGAAUCAGGAGAAUACACUGACAAUGAUAACGAGAAUCUGGACUAUGCUGCUUUGCAAUUCUCUGGAAGAAAAAGCACAAGAGGGAUGAAGAAGAAACAGCUGAAAACUGAGGAAGAUGUUUAUGCUCAAGUUAAAGUAUGAAUAGGAAAGUCUGUGAGGGAACUAAUAAAACCACUGUCAGAAAGUGUAAAAAAAAAAAAGGUGUAAUUUUCAU